CCACUGGUCCACUACCGGUAGCAGCCAAUUUGACUUUGCCCAACUUGUUCCGAAGCGACCAACCGCAAUCCCGAGUCCCAUCGUCAUUCCUCAUCCUUCUUUUUCUUCCAUGAAUUCCCAAUCCAUCCAUCCAUCCAUCACUAUGAUUCCAUGUCCAUCAAUUUCCCUCAAAUCUCAGAAUCAAUCCGCAUAAUACUAUGCAAUCCACCAUCACUCCCCCUUUCAAUCCCGCCGUUUCUUUUCCGCCAAAUCUCCCUCGUUUCGCGCCAAUAAUCCGCCAUUUUUGCCCACCGACCAAGCUUCGGAUGUCGAUUACUACGGCUUCUUCGCCGCCUGGGCUCGUUGUCGGGUCGCAAACCGGCGCCGCCACUUUGACGGAUUUUGUGGGGAAAGGAGGGAUUGGUGUGGGAGAUGACUUGGUCGUGCUGUUGACUCAUAUUCAGUAUGCUUGCAAGAGAAUUGCGGCUCUCGUCGCUUCUCCGUUCAGUGCCGAUCUUGGGAAGCCGGCGGGUUUGGCUGCCGACGGAGGUGCCGUUGCUGGCUCGGAGAGGGAUGCACCCAAGCCGCUCGACAUUGUGUCUAAUGAAAUCAUCUUAUCGUCUCUUAGAAAUUCUGGAAAAGUUGCUGUGAUGGCUUCAGAAGAAGAUGAUGAACCAAUUUGGAUUAGGGACGAUGGCCCAUUUGUGGUGGUGACAGAUCCUCUUGAUGGCUCUCGAAAUAUUGAUGCAUCGAUACCUACCGGCACAAUUUUCGGGGUUUAUAAACGUCUUGUUGAACUCGAUAAUUUACCGAGAGAAGAGAAGGCCGUGCUUAAUUCUCUACAGAGUGGGGCUAAGCUUUUGGCAGCUGGAUAUGUUCUCUACUCAUCAGCCACAAUACUCUGUGCCAGUUUUGGUUCUGGAACACAUGCCUUUACACUGGACCAUUCAACAGGAGACUUCAUUCUUACUCAUCCACAUAUCAAAAUUCCUCCUCGAGGUCAAAUAUAUUCUGUAAACGAUGCGAGAUAUUUUGAUUGGCCGGAGGGAUUGCAGCGAUAUAUCGACACAAUCAGACAGGGGAAAGGCAAAAAUCCUAAGAAGUACUCCGCCCGUUACAUAUGUUCCUUGGUUGCUGACCUCCAUCGAACUUUAUUGUACGGUGGGGUGGCAAUGAAUCCGAGGGACCAUCUUCGUUUAGUGUACGAGGCAAAUCCUCUUAGCCUCCUUGUCGAGCAAGCAGGAGGCCGAGGUUCGGAUGGUAAGAACCGAAUUCUUUCAAUGCAGCCAGUUAGGCUGCAUCAAAGGCUGCCUUUGUUCAUGGGAAGUUUGGAGGACAUGGAGGAGCUCGAAAGCUAUGGAGAUGUACAGCAGAAAGUGAAUCCCGGUUAUGAAGUUUGAAGAUGUGAUCAAUGGACAAAGAAAGCUCCAAGAAAAUGUAUGAAUCAACCUUCAAAAAGGUCAGUCUCUAGAUUUUGUGUAUUUUUUUUUUCUUUGCACAUAUUUUCCAGUGGCUUGGCAUGCUUUUCUGGAAGGGGUAGAUAAAGUGUAGAGUAAUAAGUAAUAACAGUAAAUUCUGACAGCAUGUGAAUCAUAGUUAUUUGCAAUCUGAAUACUGAUGCUCUUUUACUGGUAAAACAAAAUUUAGAGCUUUUAUGAAGAUCCUAACAGUCCAUAUUUGAAACUCA